AUGACCACAGAGCCCAGGGAUGUCCUGGUGCUGCUGCCCACGCGGGAGCAGCUGCGGCUGGUUGUGGGGGUGCGGGCCACCUGUCGUGAGCUCUUCCAGCAGGUGUGUGACGUGACCAGCAUCAAAGAAGCCCACUUCUUUGGCCUCAGCGUGGUCAGAAACAACGAGUACAUGUUCAUGGAUUUGGAGCAGAAGGUCAGCAAGUACUUCCCGAAGGACUGGAAGCGGCAAGUGCAGAAAGGUGCUGGGAGGCCCCACGCGCCCUUCGUGACCUUCCUCAGGGUGCAGUACUACGUGGAGGAUGGCAGGGUCAUAAGGGACGAGAGGGCCAGGCAGCUGUACUACUGCCACCUGAAGGAGCGCGUGCUGAGGUCCGAGUGCACCCACCGCGAGGAGGCCUACUUCCUGCUGGCCGCCUACGGGCUGCAGGCCGACCUGGGCGACCACCGGGAGCCGGUGCACGUGGGGCGCUACUUUGAGCCUCACGCCUACUUUCCGCACUGGGUCAUUGCCAAGAGGGGCAGCGCCUACAUCCUCAGGCACGCGCCCGCCCUGCACCGGGCGCAGCGGGGCCUCGCCCCCGAGGAGGCUGUGCUGCGCUUCAUCAGGGAGGCCUGCCGGCUCGAGGACGUGCCCGUCCACUUCUUCCGGCUCUACAAGGGUAAGAAGGACCACAGGCCUUCCGUCCUGCUGGGACUGACCCUCAAGGGAGUGCAAGUCUAUCAGGGGAAAAGGUUUGAGAUCCAGCCGGACGGGCUGCCGUCGGCGCGGAAGCUGGUGUAUUACACGGGCUGCGCCUUGCGCUCCGGCCACCUGCUGCGGCUACUCAGCGCCAGCCACCAGCUGCGCCUCAGCCUGCGGCCCACCCUGCAGAGGCUGCAGCAGCUGGAGGGCGCGGAAGAGAAGCAGCGCUAUCGGGAGUCCUAUGUCAGCGACACGUGGGCCUGGGACCCGGACCUGGACCCGGGCUCCCCCCCAGCGGGGGCGGGGGCCAGCGGCAGCCCCUGCGCGUGUGGCAUCGAGGUGGACGCCGGGCCCGCAGAGCACCGGGAGGUGUCGGUGGACGAGCCCUGGGGCGCCGAGGCCGAGCGAAGCCCCAGCAGCACAGAUGGCGGCGGCACAGGCGGGCGGCCACGCGGGGAGCUCUCGGCUGCGGUGGCUGCGCGGGUCGCGCUGGUCAGGAUGGGGGGCGGCGGUGCGGAGCCCCGGUACCAGGUCCCAGAGGCAGACCCGCACUGCCACGGCCUGGGCCACACACCCCUCGGACCCCACGGGGUGAGGUCCUCGCGCUGCCUCUCCCUGAUCCUGUGCAGGGAGGCCCAGCUUCCGCAGGAGUUUGUGGUGUAG